ACACUGAAAUGAAGCCGAAUCAUGUGACGCUUUCUCCCACAGCCCUUCGAGUGAACUGGGGGGAAGUAUGGCGCUUGGUGUUGUUUGGUUUAUUACAACCUUUUGUAGUUUAGUUCACUUAACACCAUUAUUUAUACCCGCAGAUGAACAUCCUUUUAAACAAUGGAUGUCACAGCACAACAAAGUUUAUGCCACUCAGGAGUAUUACCACCGGCUCCACAUAUUCACUGAGAACAAGAGGGAGAUUGAGAAUCAUAAUGCUGGGAAUCACUCCUUCACAAUGGGCCUGAAUCAGUUCUCAGACAUGAAAUUUGAGGAAUUCAGGAAACUAUUCCUUCUGACAGAGCCUCAGAACUGCUCAGCCACCACAGGGGGUCAUAUCAGCAUGGCUGGUCCUUACCCCGAGUUUGUAGACUGGAGGAUGAAGGGCAACGUUGUGACUCCUGUGAAGAACCAGGGUCACUGUGGAAGCUGUUGGACCUUCUCUACCACGGGCUGUUUGGAAUCAGUGAAUGCUAUCGCUACAGGGAAGCUUAUCACUCUGUCGGAGCAGCAGCUAAUAGACUGUGCUCAAGACUUCAACAACCAGGGAUGCAUGGGUGGCCUCCCCAGCCAGGCAUUUGAGUACAUCAAAUACAACAAUGGUCUUAUGACGGAGGAGGACUACCCCUACAAAGGCCAUGAUGACACUUGCCAUUUUGAGCCUGCACUUGCAGCUGCUUUUGUCCUGGAUGUCGUCAACAUAACAAGUUACGAUGAAAAGGCCAUGGUUGAUGCUGUUGCCCGGCUCAACCCUGUGUCCUUCGGCUUUGAAGUCACGGCUGAUUUUAUGCACUACAAAGAAGGAGUUUACACAAGCACCCAGUGUAAGAGCACAGCAGACAUGGUGAAUCACGCAGUCCUGGCUGUGGGUUAUGGCACUGAAGAGAACGGCACGCCAUAUUGGAUUGUGAAGAACUCUUGGGGUGCAGCCUGGGGCAUGGACGGGUAUUUUUUAAUCGAGCAAGGAAAGAACAUGUGCGGACUGGCUGCAUGUGCUUCCUACCCUCUACCUUUAGUAACAUGAGGAGUAAUCACCACAAAGUGGAAGACUGAUACAUGUUGGAUGUGAGGCCUGUGUUUUCCUGUUUUAGGAAGAGGUUUAUUUCUCAAUUUAAAAUGUAAUUUUAACUGUUACCAAAAAUAAACAUUUGUCCUACUUUAAA